ACCAUACUCUAAUUUUCGUUCGUAACUUCCACUUAUAUACAUUCAACAAUACAAAUAUAAAACUACCUACCUAUAUUUUCGUUUGGAUAAAAUGCUAUAAAGUUCUUUUAUUUAAUCAUUAUUUUCUUUGCUAUUGAAAAUUCGCAGUUCGCUGUUUCAGUUAUUGUAGUGGAUACACGAUUACAGAGUCUAAUCAAACAGAACGAAAUGUAUUAUAAAAUUGUCCACUGGUUCUGAUUUUCUUAAAAAAAAAAUUAUUGAAAUACUAAUAAUUCAUAAUUAGUUUAAUAUUACCUAUAGAUAAUCUUAUUUCUUAAACGUAUAAAAUAUAUUGUUUUCAUUGUAUUUCAAGUACUGUUCAACAUGACAUUUACUGACACAAUUGUUUACAUUGGAGAACGUGUUGGUAAUAUAUCAAAUAAACACAGUAAAAUAAACAAUAAAAUUCAGAACAAAAAAAUAUGGAAAUCAUUACGGAACCAUAUUAUAUCUCGCCGAAAGAAGAAUAAACAAGGUACAUUUAACAUUUUGUAUUGCUUGUCAUAAUUUAAUUAUAUUUAUAAAUAAAAUAAUUAUUUAGGUAGAAUUAAUUUUUACAAACAUUAUUUUUCUACAGCGGAAAUUCAGGCUGAAAAGAAUGCUGAAAUUUUAAGAAAGAAAAAAAUUUUGGAAAAUCAACAAAUACAAGAAAAUAAGUUAUCCUUGGCACAAAUCAAUGGUCGUUUAACAGAAUUGCAUGACAGACGCAAUGAACUCCAGCAAGAAAAACAAGCACUAUUAAGUCAAACAGUAAUUUCUAAUAUGAUGAAUUUUGCUGUGCCAAGAACUGGUUUAAAAUGGUAUUUAUAUUUCAUCAAUAAAAUAUUUUUGUGAAUUAAUUAUUUGAAUAAAAUAUUUACUUAUAUACAGGGUGAUAUUUUUACCAUGAACCAGACAUUGUCAGUCAACAUUUUUCCUAACCAAAUUUGAAGUAAUCAUAAUAUUACAUUUUUACAAAUCGACCAUUUUACUGUUGUUUUUCUUAAUGAUUUUUAGUUUUUAAUUAGUCUUCUAAUUGCAACUUAUGGUUUUACAUUUUUUUCGUACAAAACAUUUUUUAGAAAAUUUUGAUGUAUACAUAUUAAACUAAUUAUCUUUUAUUAUUAUUCUUGUUUCUAUUUUAUUAUUUAUUAUUUUUUUUAGGAGAUAUUUUAUUAUUUAUAGUGUUUUUUAGCAUUUAAAAUAUAUAGAGUAAUGCAGAGAUAAAUAUUUGAUAUUUAUAUAUUUAUAUUUUCCGUGUCAGAAAUUGUUGUCAAUGUUAUUGGUUGCAAUUAAAAAAAAAUAAGAAUUCAUCAAGUUAAAAAGUAGUAAAUAAUUUGACUUGUUUGUAAAAAUGUAGUUUUACUAACUCAAAAUCAAUUUUAAAAAUAUCUAUUAUACUUUUAUGUAUCUUUAUUUUCAGUGGUCAGUUUGAAGAUAUAUCUAAACAAAUCACCGGUACGAUAAGUAGUGUUGCAUCAGCUACCACUUUACUCCAAAAGCAGUUAAAUCUAUUUGAUAUGUUAACCAUAAGAAUCCGUAUUGAAAGACUACCUAUGUUUAUUGAUGGCUUUAAUUCAAUUGCACAAUAUUCUGUAAUAAUACCCUCUAAAAUUAAUGGAACUGAUAAACAAAGUUUUUGGAUUAUUUAUUCACUACAUUAAUUUCUGAUCUAGCAGUUAUAUUGCAGUUAUAUAAAAAAAACACGUUUAUUCAUUUAUAUAUUUUAACAAAAUAAGAUAUUUUUUUAAACACACUAUUAUUAUUAUAAGACUUUUUUGUCAAUAAAUCUUUGGUCCCAGGGAAGAUAUACUUAAUACAUUUUAUAUAAUUUUCAGUACAAGAAAAUCAAAUGUUGAAAAUAUAUAUACUUGUACAUGUAUAACUAUAUAACUAUAUAACUAUUACACUACAUACACUAGUUUUGAAGAUACAUACAUUUGUGAAAUUCAAAUUUAAAAAUUAUAUUAAAACUUAAAUAUAAAAACAAAAACAAACAAUUUACUUAAGAACUGCUUUUCUGGGUCCAAAGAAAUUUAGCUUGGCAUUUAUAUGUUUAGUUUGUUAUAAUGAAUAAUUUAUUUUAUUUUUGAAUAUAUAUUUUCUUCAUCUAUAAACAUGAUUAAAUUGUGGCCAUUUAUAUUAGAAUUUUAAAUUAAAAUAAGUUAAGUCAGAAAAAGUAAUUUGAUUACAUAAUUUAUUAACAAAAUAAGUUAUGUAAUCAAAAAUGUAUGUCAUAUGAACUAGUUUAUCAGAUUUUAAAUUAUAUUAAAAUUUUAUAGUAUAAACAUAGAAUAGAUUAAAUAUACAUAUAGUUCAUGUGACAAAUAAAUUGCACAUUAUGUAACAAUAUUAUACUAGAUUCCACAAUAAUGUUAACUAUAAUUCAUAAUUAGAUCUAACCAAUACAAGUUUAUAGUUGCUGAUAAUAAUAGAGUCAACAAACUUAAAUUUUAUUUAUUUAUGUUUUAUAAAAAAAAUAAGUAAUAAUAUUUUAUUUACUUAAAAAUAAAUAUUUAUAUUCUUAAUUCAAAAUUUAACUAGAUGACUAGAUUAUGAAUUAAAUCGAAAUUGUACAUUAUAGACAUAGAAUAGAUUUAGUAUACAUAAAGUUCAUGUAAUAACAAAUUUAUUGAACACUUUGUAAUAAUAUUAUAUUAGAUUCCGCAAUGAUGAUAGUUCAUAAUUAGAACUAACCAACAAAAAUUUAUAGUUAAUAAUAAUAGAAUUAACAAAUUUAAAUUAAAUUUAUUUAUUUAUUAUGGAAAAAUAAAUAAUAAUAGUUUAUUUACAUAAAAGUAAAUAUUUAUAAUAUAAUUUAUAUUCAUACUUUGGGAAAAUAAAAAUUAAUAUUAUUUUGUUAAUAUUUUAUUUAUAGGUUAUAAACUAUGUAGGUAUAUAAUUUACUCUAAUGAAUAAUGUUUUUUGUGAACUGCAUAUUCAUAUCACAUUUAUUUAUUACAAUAUGUUAUACAAAUUCAUAAAAGAAUAAAAAAAAUUGAUUUCAAUUUUAAAAAAUGUGACACUUUUUUCAUAGAUGUUCUACUAUAUUAUUCAUAUUUAUACUACGUCUUAAAUAUAUUAUAUAUUUUGUAUGGCAUUAUCAGUAUCAACAAAAAAAAAGUAAUAAAUAAUCUUAAAUGUUAAAAUUGUAUUCCUACUCAUAUGUAGCUGAUGAGACCCAAAUAUAUAGAACACUAGUAAUUUAUUUACUAUAUUUACUUGUAUUUACGAUUUUAAUAAUUUUGUUUUUACUUUAUUAUUUUAUUAACUAGUAAUUUAAUUACAUACUGAAUAAUUUUAGAUUCUGAGCAAAUCUUUUUUUCAACCAUCAUAUUUAUUCCACUUACCAAAUGUUGAUAACUGGUGGUGGGAGAUAAUUACUUGGAAAAUAAUAUUAUAUUUAUCUGAAAGUCUAAUUUAUUGGAAAACUGAAAGCUUAUUUUCUGAGACAUUAAUAUUUUGGUUAUCUUUAAGCAAUAAACUGUAAAAUCUACCUAUAUUUUUUUAGAAAAAAGUGUCCAUAAUAUAUUCCUUAAAUAAUUUUGUUAAUUUGUAUAACUAAGUUUUAUUCAAGUAUUUGCAUGGAUUUUCGCAGUUAUAAUUUAAAACUACAAUUAGAUAUUUAAAGUAUAUAUAUUUUUUUAAAUUGUUGAUGAGUAUAUGUAGUAUAUCAAUGAUUUUUUAAUAACCUUUGUGAGUAUAUGUUAAAUAUUAAUUGGUGACCCUUGUUCUAAAUGUAUAUCACUAAAUUUUAUCACCU